AUGGAGGCUGAGGACUGUAACCAAAGAUCAGAUAAUAGUCAAAAAUAUAUUCUAGUAACUGGAGGAGCAGGUUACAUCGGAAGCCAUGCCACUGUGGAGCUCUUUAAUGAGGGAUACAAUGUCGUUGUUGUUGACAACCUCUGUAAUUCUAGCAUUGAAAGCGUCAGAAGAAUUGAAAAAAUAACUGGCAAAGAUAUCCCAUUUUACAAAGUCGAUAUACUAGAGAAACAUGCCUUGCAAGGGGUUUUUAAAAAAUACAAAUUCUUUGCUGUUAUGCAUUUUGCUGGCCUGAAAGCUGUGGGAGAAUCUUGCCUUAUUCCUUUGGCUUACUAUAAAAAUAAUAUUGUUGGUUCUUUGGUAUUAUUAGAGGUAAUGGAAGAAUUUGCAGUUACAAACAUCAUCUUUUCGAGUUCGGCCACAGUGUAUGGGGACCCGGAAAUACUGCCAAUUAGUGAAAGUUGUCCGGCAGGAAAGUGUACCAACCCGUACGGAUGGACCAAAUAUAUGAUUGAGCAAAUUAUUAGAGAUGUGUGCGUGGCCAAUAAGAAAUUCAACGCGAUCCUUCUCCGUUACUUCAAUCCUGUGGGAUCGCACAAAUCCGGAUUGAUCGGGGAGGAUCCUCAAGGUCAUCCCAAUAAUCUCACUCCUUUCAUUGCUCAGGUAGCAGUAGGCAGGAGGUCAGAAUUGAAAGUGUUCGGCAAUGAUUAUGACACACACGACGGGACCGGGGUGAGAGAUUACAUACACGUAGUUGACCUGGCCGCCGGUCAUGUGGCCGCCCUAAAGGCUUUCCGUACUAAUUGUGGUUGUAAGAUGUACAACUUAGGCACUGGUAUUGGCUACUCCGUACUGGAUGUUGUGAAGGCUUUCGAGAGGGCUUCUAAAAUUAAGAUUCCGUAUAGCAUAGUAGGUAGGCGAGAGGGCGAUGUUGCCAGAAUGUUCGCGGAUCCAAGUUUGGCCUUUGAAGAGUUGCACUGGAAGGCAACGAGGGACAUAGACGAGAUGUGCGAGGACUUAUGGAGAUGGCAAUCUAUGAAUCCGUACGGCUUUAACGACAACAACAACAACAACAAUAAUAAUAAUAAUAAUAAAUUGUGUUGCUCUAAUGGUAUAUGA